AUGGGGCUGUCAGGAGGGCUGGGUGGGCACCCUCAGAUGCGCUGUGGAGGGGCGUAUUGCAUUGCUGCAGAUAUUGCAGCAGGUUUGAAGGACAGCGCAGGACUGAGCAUGGUGAAAGGUUACCACGUUCCUUCAGAAGGAACGGGCAAAUUCAUCAACUUCAUCGCUCUUCUCUUCGAAGGAAUCCCACUGUUGCACCUCGAACUGGCCCUAGGACAGUGCCUGAGGAAAGGCAGCAUCGGUGCCUGGAACACCAUCUCGCCUUACCUGGGAGGAGUCGGUGCUGGUUCAUGGAUGGUGUCGGUUCUGGUGAGCUUAUACUACAACACCGUUUUAACCUGGGUGAUGUGGUAUUUCAUAAACUCCUUCCAGGAGCCUCUUCCUUGGAGUGUCUGUCCUCUCAAUGAAAACAGAACAGGGCUCAACGAAGAAUGUUAUGAAAGUACUGCAGUAAAUUAUUUUUGGUACAGGAAAACUUUGAACAUAACACCCGACGUCACCGAGAGUGGCACACUACAGUGGUGGCUCAUUUUGUGCUUAGCAACUUGCUGGGCAAUUGUCUAUCUCUGCACCAUCCGAGGAAUUGAAACCACGGGAAAGGCAAUUUACGUAACAGCAAUAUUUCCUUAUCUGGUCCUAACCAUAUUCCUUAUUCAAGGACUCACUCUACCAGGAGCCACUGAAGGUCUAGCUUACCUCUUCACUCCUAACCUGAACACUUUGAAAAAUCCCCGUGUAUGGCUUGAUGCAGCAACCCAGAUCUUCUUCUCUCUCUCUUUGGCUUUUGGAGGGCUCAUUGCAUUCUCAAGCUACAAUCCACCAAAAAAUAACUGUGAAAAGGAUGCUGUGACAGUGGCAAUUGUGAACAGCGUGACGUCCCUCUACGCUUCCAUCCCAGUCUUUUCUGUUUUGGGGUUUAAAGCAACCACAGCCUAUUGGGACUGCUUGGACAGGAACAUUAUCCACAUCAUCAAUGAAUUUGAUCUUCCAGAAGAAAGCAUCAUGCGACAGAACUAUACAGCUUGGGUUAGUUUCUUAAAUUCAUCAUACCCAGAAAAAGUUGCUGGACUCAAACUGAGAAGCUGUGACCUUCAAGAAUUUCUUGAUCAGAGUGUAUCGGGAACUGGCUUGGCUUUCAUCGUUUUCACUCAAGCCAUCAUUCUCAUGCCAGGCUCCCAGGCCUGGGCCAUCCUGUUUUUCAUAAUGUUGUUCAGCCUGGGCCUUUCUUCUAUGUUUGGGAACAUCGAGGGAGUCUUCACACCUCUUCUAGAGCUUCGAGUUAUAUCUAAAUCAAUACCCAAAGAGCUUUUAUCUGGUAUAAUAUGUCUAAUUUCCUUCCUCGUUGCUCUGUGCUUUACGCUGGGUUCGGGGAGUUACUGGAUUGACAUUUUUGACAGCUAUGCAGGCUCAGUGCCUCUUCUAGUCAUUGCCUUCUUUGAAGUGAUUGGGGUUGCGUAUGUCUAUAAAAUUAAAAGGUUCAGUAAAGAUGUGAAAUGGAUGACUGGACGAAAACCCAAUCUCUACUGGCAGAUCACAUGGAGGUUUGUUAGUCCUCUGCUCCUGCUAACUGUCUUCGUGGCAUUUGUUGCUCUUCAGAUACAGAAGCCGCCAAGCUACACAGCCUGGAACCCUAAAUAU